GCGUUGUACAAUUCCAGGCCUGGAGUACAACUGUAAAUCCCAACCUCCCACCUUACCUAAUACCGCCUAGGGUAACCUCUCCACCGACGACAAUUAUUUCCUAGGUUCCAUCCCACUUUCACGACAGAACAUGCUCACCGCAUUAUAAGGCAUACGGUACGAACCCGAUCCAGCCCACAAUGUCCUCAACAAGAGAAGGCGUGAAUCCCUUGCGCCCCUAUUACAUACCACCCUCUAUAGGAGAGCAGGUCGAAACUCUUCCGCCUCAACCGAAUCCUUUUUCGCAUGGAAAUUCGACGGCAACCCCAACUACUCCAAACAAAUAUGCGUCCAGAGCACGCGACAUCUUCCCAGAUAUAGAUUAUAAAGAUCAUCUAGACGACCUAUCACCGUCAGCAGUCCAGUCCGUGAAGCAGUUUAUAGACGAGUUAUUAUGGAAGUACACGUCGGUGCUCAUGGCCCAGCCCUUCGAGGUGGCCAAGACGAUUUUGCAAGUGAGGAUUCAAGAUGACCUGGGAAACUUGAAUGUUCCCGAGCCUACGAAGGCUCCGAGGAAACCAAGCCCGGGUCUUAUGAGCCCGACAAGCCUUGGUAGUCCAGGUCUCGACAGCCCCGACCCCUUGAACCCGAAACGCUCUGUAUGGGACGAGGGUGGUGAAUCGGAUUCCGACCCAGAGGAAUCUGCAUAUUUCACCUCUAGUACUCCAUAUACGCCUACGCCGUCCACGCGAUCACAUCGAAGGAGGGGUUCGUCACCGUUGGGCUCGCCGAAACCGCCCCCAAAGGCCGAAGUCCUCCCACACCAACUAGUCCUUCGACGGCCCGACUCGAUAUUUGACGUUAUAGCACAAUUAUGGUCGAAGGAGUCGGCAUGGGGUGUCUGGAAAGGAACAAAUGCCACCUUCCUCUACACGGUGCUGCAAUCACUGUUUGAGAAUUGGUCGCGCAGUUUGCUAAGCGCGCUGCUGAACGUCCCAGAUUUAGGGCUGAAGGACGACGUCGAUAGACUAGUCGACGUUGCAUCGCCCUAUCCUUGGGCCUCGCUAUGCGUUGCCGCCGCCGCCGCCGUUGCGACGGGCUUGAUUCUAGCCCCUCUCGACCUCGUGAGGACACGAUUAAUCGUGAUACCUACCGGACGUAGCUCGCGCCGGACCCUGGCAACUCUACGCGCACUCCCCUCUUGGGCGUGCCCCUCAUCUCUCAUCGCCCCCACCAUCCUCAACUCCCUCGUUCACCCAUUCUUUACCUUAUCUACUCCCCUCGUGCUCCGCUCCCAGUUCCUAAUCGACCGCGAGCAAUCCCCUAUGACCUUCUCAAUCGCCAAAUUCUGCGCCUCCUGCGCGUCCCUCUUCAUCAAGCUACCCCUCGAAACCGUCCUACGCCGUGGCCAGGUAGCAGUGCUGGCAGAGCCCACGUAUUUAGACGCUCUCGACGAGACCGGUCAGAUGGACACGGUUGUGCCGCCCGGACCGUACAACGGGGUGGUCAGCACGAUGUACUCGAUCGUGACCGAAGAAGGCUCUCGUGCCGUUGCGGCCAAGAUUAAGGCUCCGCCCCGCGGCAGAAAGCUGAAGUCACCUAAGGCGGCAGAUGUGAUUUACAGAAAGGGUCAGGGUUUCGACGGUCUUUGGAGAGGGUGGAAGGUCAGCUGGUGGGGCCUCGUGGGUUUGUGGACGGCUGGGGUGGCCGGAGGUGGUGGCGAGGGAGAGUUUUAAGCAAGAGUUAUGAACGAUCUCUCUUGAUCUACAUUCCUUCAUUGCCUAUUCGACAAGCCCGAAUUUAGAAGAGACGAAUGGAGUUUUGGUGUUGGUGCAGGUGUUGUUGAUUCGCGAUGCCCUUUAGGCUGGUUAUUCCCUCCUCAGCAGUGGGUUCAUUAUGCACGAAAAGCAGAUAAAGAGCACUUUCAUGAGAUACGGCUUGAUAUCCCUUAUUCAUUAGUACAGCCCAGAUUCCGCUUGUGCGGAGUUGCUUGUAUGUACAAAUUUCUGGAAAAGUUUAUAGACGUGUCAAUUCAGUCUACUCUCAACUUUCA